AUGAAAAAGGGUAUAUUUUAUUCGGCAUUUCUCCAGACGAUGAAGAGGCGCUAGGAAGGCCAUAAAUACAAUUAAAUUAUUUUAAAUAUUAAUUGACAGAGAGAGAGAGAAAGAGAGAUGAAAAAGCGGAUAUUUUAUUCGGCAUUUCUCCAGACGAUGAAGAGGCGCUAGGAAGGCCAUAAAUACAAUUAAAUUAUUUUAAAUAUUAAUUGACAGAGAGAGAGAGAAAGAGAGAUGAAAAAGCGGAUAUUUUAUUCGGCAUUUCUGCAGAAGAGGAAGAUGCGCUAGGCAGGACAUAUAUACGAUAAUGAAUGUUAAUUAGCAGAGAGAGAUCAAAAAGCGGAUAUUUUAUUCGGCAUUUAGGCAGAAGAGGGAGAUGAGGUUGUAAGGACAUAUAUACAAUUAAAUUAUUUUAGAUGUUAAUUAACAGAGAGAGAGAGAUUAAAAAUCGGAGAUUUCAUUCGGCAUUUCUGCAGAAGUGGAAGAUGCUCUGUUAAGGUUAUAUAUACAAUUAAAGUAUUUGAGAUGCUAAUUACGUUUAAGGGUAUAUAUGGGAUUAUCAACUUGCUCAUUAUUUGUCUGGCCCCUCGUCCAUCAUCUAUGCCUCUUGCUCUGGCGGGCUCAGCAUGGCGGGAUGUCACUCCCUCUCUUCUGCUCAGCUUCUGUUCUCAUCUCAGCGCCAGAACGGCCGUCCUCUAGGACGAACCUGCGCGUUUCGAAGGGAUUCGCAUCCCUUCAUCGUCUUGGCCUCGCGCUCUUCCCGCGUCGGUGAGUCUCCAUCUCCGAUCAACUCGCACAGUAGGAAGAAUCCGAAGAGGUUUAUCUUGUAUUCUUUUUGAAUUUAGCCAGACAUUCUUCCUGCUGUAAUGGUUAUUGAUUUGACGCCUGCGCUCAGAUGCCUGGAAGGGUCAUGCGAGGGGAGGGAGUGAACAGGAGAUAUUGGAGCGAUACGGUCUGGAGCCGUCUCAGUUGUCGACAGAAACCUAUCGGAAGGUGAGAAGUAGAUUAACCCCGUCGCUCGAGGUCAUUUCCUUGUUCUUAUGCCUACCAAAUCUCUCAUUUUUGUGAAGUGGGGAAUCUGAUUUAGUUGGCGUUUGGUUGUAGUCGGGGAGAGGGAAAAUGGAGGGGACGAGGACCGGGAGAGGGAAACGGGCACCACUGACGCCACAGGAGGAAGAGCCGAGGCGGAAUCGCGCAACGCAUAAGUUGCUUCAUGUAGUACCUUCGUUAUCCGCCUCCUGUAUCUAUCUCUGACCGAAAGCUUGCCGUCUGAUUCUACGCAUGUUCCUCUCAUUCUAUAAGUCGCAAAUUCAAUGCUUGUUUCACCUGAUACUUAACGUCGUUCCUCGGUGACUUGCUUGCAUACUCAUAGUGGUAUAAUUCCUUCACUUCCGAAUUCCACGUAAGAAUGGAUAUCAUAGGAACAAAUGCUGCAAUAUUUCAUCAACUUAUCGGUACAAGUUGAGGUCAGUGUUGAUGAUAUCCGUGUACAGUUGUUUCCUAUUUCAUGUAGGCCCCAGAUGUGUUUCUCAGAGUACUCCCCUCGAAAAUCCAGGGUUCUUUUCUGCUUUCGUGAUGUAUGCUAACACCCCUCCCAAUCCUUUAGGGAAUUUUAUGUCACGUUUUCUUCCUUCUAUCACGGGGAAAACCUCUCUAAUGGUCUGACAUCCCUGAUCUUAGAUUUUUUUUUCAUAGCUCUGUGGUAGUGAAUUCCCCCCUCAUGCCUUUCUUUUCCAACAAAAAUAGCUUCACACUCAAAAACUCACUUAAGGGAAAUCGUCCAAAUCGAUAUAGACCUCACCUUCAGUGGGGAUGAUCUCCUUAUAACAUUGACUUUCUAUGUCCCUCUAUUUGGCACAAAACCAGAAAAUGAAGUAGUUAUGUAAGUUUUUUAAUAUAUAUCUUUGGGGUGAGAAGAUUUAUUAGUUAGAAAAUUGACUGUUGAAUGAGCUACAUCAUGACGGGAUAGAAGUUUCUGUCAUAAAUCUUUGUCUCCUUUUCUGCCUUAUUCAUAAAUUUCCUAUCCUCUUUCACUUUUUUACUAGUUGAUGUGGAUCUCGAGAGUAGUUGAGACAGUGCCAUUAGCAAUUAGGGUUUGUGUUGCUAUUUCUGAAAGAGAUUCGUGUUUCAAUUGGACACAUAUCAGUCCUGACACAGUUGUUAAAAUCCGGGAAAAGAAAUUCUAUGCUUACACUGUUCUUCAUCACUCUUUCGGUCCAGGAGCAUAGAUUGAAUUGUUUUUCAUUUUUCAAUGAACUUAUCUUAUCCACUAUACCGUUUCUAUGCAUCAUACGGAAAUGAAUUGCGAUGUUCUUUCAGACAAUGGUGGCAACAUUUUCUUGUGGAACAAUAUUUCCGUUUCUGUCAUUUUCCAUGAUUUUUUCCGCUCUGUGGUCCUGCUAAGAGCUGCAAUCUUGUCAUUUUAUAGGUUCUUGCGGGAAAAGCUCGGAGAAAAAAGUUGCUCUCACCAAAGGACAUGGAUGUGCGUCCUAUGAUGGAAGUCGUCAAGGCGGCAGCGUUUGACAUACUUCAGGUGUUAACAUGGUUCUUCUUUGAAUAAUCGUUCAUGUUAAGCACGUCCAAGGACUAAAACCAGUCGUAAUAUGGUUUGUUUAGGCAGCCGGUGGCUGCCCUGCUUCUCUAAGGGAAGGCAGGUGGCUCGACCUGUACAGUGGUACCGGAGCUGUUGGAAUAGAAGCUAUGAGCCGUGGAUGUUCAGAGGUGACCUUUUGUCUCUUCAAAUUAUUCUUUACACUUAAUAUUUUCAUCUCCUACCCUUGUUUAUUGCACUUUGUGUUCUAAGUGUUCCGGCUUUUUAGUAGCAGAAUUUGGUGACUUAUUAAUCAUUUUUCUGUCACUUGUUUGCAAUAUUUUUUUGGCAAAACUGAAAUCUUUGAAAUAUUUCCUCAGCUUUUUUAUUGGACAUUUUUUUUCUCAAUUUUUGCAAUUAAUGAAGCGAAAAAAGAUUUAUAAUACAUCAAAUUAAUUAAAUGCAGAUUCUUUAUGUGGGAAAUAUAAUGUAGAUGAAAUCUAGCAUGGGGAAAUGGGUAGUUAAUCUUCUUAUGAAAUAAUACUUUGGACACAUGGCAUUUACUGGCCCUGCCAUUAUUAUUCGAUUGGAACAGGAGUUAGAUAUAGAUCUAUGAUAUUUUAUGAACUUAGGACUAGGGAGAUUCGCUUUGAGACCUUAAUAUUAUUAGUCUAAUGUAACAUUUGCCCUGUUAUUUUUCGUUCCUAAUAAGGUAAACGAAGCAGGUAAACUAUACACGGUUAUGAAUGUGCCCCGGGCUUUUACCACACUAUGUAGAAUUGUCGACUGAUCAUGGUUAAGCCUAGGCUCUGUCUUUGCGUAGGCUUCUGGUGCAACAUCUACCUUUUAUCUUUCCAUAAUUAAUUUAAUAUCCUGAUCAUUCCUUCGUGUGGUGUAGACUGACAUCCCUUCUUCCUCCUCCUCCUCUGGUAGGCACACUUUGUUGAGAUGGACCCCUGGGUCGUCUCCCAGGUCCUGCGACCGAAUCUAGAAUGGACUGGGUUCGUUGACUUUUCAACCGUACAUACAGUUCGUGUCGAAAGAUUCUUGCAGCAGGCUCAGCUGACUUCAGGUGAAGCGCUGCGUGUGUUUUGGACAUCCGUGCCAUCUCUCUCUCUCUCUCUCCUUUUCAGCUCAGUUCAGAUAACAUGUGCAGGCAGCGAUGGGUCCUUUGACUACAUCAGUGUGACCCCUCCGUACGAAGCAGUGGACUACGCCAUACUAAUGGAUCAGCUUGAGAAAUCGUCUUUAAUCGGAAAAGAUUCCUUCGUUGUGAGUGGCGUCGUGCAUCACUUUGUGCCGCGCAGGUCGUAUUACUUCCUGAAAUGGGGGUUGACUUCCGUCUCGCUUCGUCUCUUUCCAGGUGGUGGAGUAUCCGCUAAAGACUUCUAUGUUGGAGACAUGCGCACAUCUCGUGAAGGUGAUCCAUUCCUGAUUGACCUUUGCUGAAAAGAAUGGUCAACCAUUCGGACCAGUCUCAUGCCAUGGACAAACAUAGAAGCUUCCUUUAUUUAUUUAUUUAUUUAUUUAUUUAUUUUGCUAAAAUUGCAUCGACGUUUAUGACCUAACAUAGCGAUUAAUAAUUUGCAGAUAACUGACAGGCGCUUUGGGCGGACAAACUUGGUGAUCUAUGGGCCCGCAUGGGCGCAGAGGAAGAGGAAGCCUGGGUUGACUCAGUUUCCCCAAGAACAGUUCUGA